UGUUUGGAACAGAGCCAGCCCCUCCCUAAAUAACGACCGGAUCAUACCACACAGGAAGACUUCUCCAUUUUCUUACCAUUUUUGGAUGUAAGAGGGAGAGAAAAAUAUAUAUUAAGACAGAGAGAGAGAGAGAGAGAGAGAGAGCAAGCAAAACAACAGAGAGAAGAAGAAACUCACAACAAAACGCAACACACAUAAACGGAUCAUACGAAGACACAGAGACAGACACAAACACUCUCUCACCUCUCGCUAUAUAUGUAAAUAUAAAGUGUUUUCCUUUCUAGGUUUUUGUGUUUUUGUUUUUUAUUUUAUUUUUGUGGUUCUUGGGUGGCACCAGAUCUUGAACAGCCAAUAAGGGGAGAAAUAUUUGAUCUUUUUGAAUCAAGUUUUUGAAUUGAUUGAGAGAAUUUGAGAUCUGGGUUCUUCUCUGUUCAGCUUUAUCAGAUCUUUUGCGCUCUAUUGGAGAUUUUUUUCAAUCAAUUGGAGAAUCCCUUCUUGCUUUCAAAUCCUAAUUUCGUGUUUGAGAGAGAGUGGUGAAAAGUGAUGCAUCACUGGGAGUUUCUUCUCUGAUGUGCUUGUAGUGGAUGAAGACAUCUCAAGUGUGGCGUCUAGGCAUGGGUGAUAUGCAGAUUUUGCCUGUAGCUCGCCACCGCCCUCCUUCGAAGAGGCCAACAUGGAUUAUUGUUUUGGUUUCAAUGGUCAGCCUGUUUCUAGUUUGUGCUUAUAUCUAUCCACCGCAAAGCAGGAAUGCUUGUUAUGUAUUUUCUUCAAGAGGAUGCCAGGUUCUAACAGAUUGGCUUCCACCUGCUCCUACAAGGGAACUUACGGAUGAAGAAAUUGCUUCUCGUGUUGUGAUUAGGGAAAUUUUGAGUGCAUCUCUUACUCCAACAAAGAACGCUAAAAUUGCUUUUAUGUUUUUGACUCCUGGCCCAUUACCUUUCGAGAAACUCUGGGACAAAUUUUUCUCUGGUCACGAGGAUAGAUUCUCUGUUUAUGUGCAUGCAUCCAAGGAAAAACCAGUUCAUGUGAGCCGUUACUUUGUUAAUCAAGAUAUACGCAGUGACCAGGUGAUAUGGGGAAAAAUUUCGAUGAUUGAUGCAGAGAGACGCCUAUUGGCAAAUGCUCUUAGAGACCCUGAUAACCAACACUUUGUGUUACUUUCUGAUAGUUGUGUGCCAUUGUACAAGUUUGACUACAUCUACAACUAUCUUAUGUUUACAAAUAUAAGCUAUGUUGAUCGCUUUUACGAUCCUGGCCCACAUGGCAAUGGCAGGUAUUCAGAGCACAUGUUACCUGAAGUUGAGAUGAAAGACUUUAGUAAGGGUGCACAGUGGUUCUCAAUGAAGCGACAACAUGCUGUGAUGGUUUUGGCUGACAGCCUUUACUAUUCAAAAUUCCGUGAUUACUGCAAGCCUGGCUUGGAUGGGAAAAAUUGCAUUGCUGAUGAACAUUAUUUACCAACCUACUUCCAUAUGGUUGAUCCAGGUGGAAUAGCAAACUGGUCAGUAACACAUGUUGACUGGUCUGAGAGAAAGUGGCAUCCAAAAUUGUAUAGGUCUCAGGAUGUUACUUAUGACCUUCUGAGGAAUAUUACGUCAAUCGAUUUGAGUAUUCAUGUGACAAGUGAUGAAAAGAAGGAAGUGCAGGUGCAGCCUUGCCUGUGGAAUGGUAUCACACGACCAUGUUACUUGUUUGCGAGGAAAUUCCACAAAGAAACUAUUGAUGAUUUGUUGCAGCUUUUCUCGAACUACACAGCACUUUGAGUGAGAUAGUUUUAACACUUCAAAUUCUUUGGUCGAACCGACUGUUGCUUUCGACCACCCACCAUCUUGGUUUCUCAUCGAACCUUCCAAGUUACAAAUUUGUAAAUGUUGUGUCAUCAAGGUGUGAAUGUUCCGUUCCUCUAGCACAAUUCUUGUGUGCAAGGGCAACUUGGAGAUCAGUUAGGAUGACUUUAGAUGGGAUGGAGGCCAACAGUUAGCUAGUGUUGCCGCCUUCCACAGGAGUGGGUGAUUUGUUAUCCAUUUUUUCCCCUUCAUUUUGGGCCAUUAGUGUUCUCCUUUGGUAUAGUGAAUUUUGAGGGAUUUA